ACAAAAUUUGGAACUUCAUCAGGACCUGGUGCUUUAGAGGUACUUAGUAAUUUAAGUUUAUUAUAUGUUUCUCACGGUGUAGUAAUGUCAACAGGUUGAUCAGAUAUACUAUUGGUUUGGUCGUCAUUAGGGUUGAAAGGAUCAAAUUCCUGCAUGGGUUCUAGAAAGGCGUUGUUAAUAGCAUUAGCCAAAUCGGCCAAGGGCAGGUGUUCGAAGUUUUCUGAUUGUAUACAAUCCUGUAGGCUUGAAUGCGAAACCAUUCCACUAAUGCGUUUUACUUCGCGCCACCAGUGUUUCGGGUUAGAUUGUUUUAAAUUAUCUACUUUUGUCUUAUAAUAAUUAGCCUUGCAAGUUUUCCUUUUCCUAUUAACUCUAUUUCGAUAGAAUUUGAAGAGGGUGUCAUUCCCGAAGAAAAAGGCACGCUGUCGAAGUUGUAUGAGACGACGCAGAUCCUCGUUGAUCCACGGGUGGUCGUUCGAAUGAACUAAAAGGUGUUUUUUAGGCAAUAUAUAGAAUAAUCCAAAGGAUAGCAUAUGGGUGAACAGUUGGUUUUUCACCUCAACGGAUUUAAGUGAGUCAAGGAAAGACCAGUCAAUUUCGCUUAAACACCGCCCAAACAUAGCUUUGCGUGAAGGUCUCAUAUUGCGUUUAUAGACGACUUUCUUCUGGUUAGACUUAGGGUCACGGAGUCUAGGAGAGACAGCAAUUACAGAAUCGAAUGAUCAGAAAGGCCGAAGGGCGGAAAUGCGAUGAUGGAGUCCGAUAGAUAGAAAGGAUCUAGCAGGCCCGUAGCUGAGGGGUGGCCUGCGGGGGCAUUGCCCCCCCCCCACUAGGUGGGGCAGUGCCCCCCCCCCUCCCCCCCACUCGGAAAUAAAAUUGAAAUUAUGCCCCCCCCCCCUUACGUUUUGCAGAACUAUUAGCUGUUAAUGUUGUUGUUUUUUUGGGCUAAGCACCGAAAUUUGGUAUGAAAAAUUGAGAUAAAGGACCUGGAAACCAAUUGCAAUCAUGGGACAUGAUUGCAAUUUGGUUUGUCCGGAAAAAAUUUUUGACCCCUAAAAUGGUACACUGACCGAAAUUUUUUUGGCGACGGGGAGAGCCAGCUACGGGCUUGGGAUCUAGGUUUGUGAGCACUAGGUCAAGUGUAUUGCCCCCUCUUGUUGGUAUCUUCACAAGUUGUUUUAAACCAAAAGUUAUGCGUAACUGUUUUAUAUCUAAGCGAUUAAAGUCACCAAGCAAAAUUAAACCACAAUACAUUCUCAUGGGAAUAUUACAGCAGUAAACAAGCAAUUUUUUCCAAUUUUCAGAUUGUUUAAAAGUCACGUGGCGUACAGAUUUAUUCCAAAAGGGUGUAAAUAUGUUGUUAUGUAUCGUGAUCCUUGUGUUGCGGCCUACAGCUUUUUCAGGUCAGUGGACAGUAAGAUAUGAAGGUGCAUACCAUAAUCAUGUAUCAAUUUUAUAUGUCUGUUAAAUAUUUUAUAAUCCCCGAGCCAACGGCGGGAGCGCCGUUCCGGGCGUAAGCUCGGGGCGAGGGUACUAAUUCCGCCCGGCUAUUUACACCCGGGGAAACAAAAGCAUUAGCGAAGUCUAAAGUUCAUCAAUGAUCGCGGGCGUGGGUUACUGGGCGUGGUUCGGUGGGUGGUCAUCUCACUGAUCUCAAAAUAUGGCUGUUUGCCAGGAGUGAAGAGGAAAAAAAAUAUAAAAAAUACAUGUCAGAGAGCUUGGAAAAUCGUUUCACAUAACAAAUUGUAAAACUUUUUACAACUUUAAACGUAAACAUUUAUAGGAAUUUAUUUAGUAUCAGAAAUCCUAAAGUAUAGGGAAAGUUUGUUUCAAUUGUUUAUGUAUGACUAGCUUUGUAUUAAUAUAGACUUUGACUUUGUUCUUGAUGUUCAAGUAUUUUCUAUGGCUAUGCAUUGUUUGAGAAAAUUUCUUAGGUAAAUUUACUUUUGUAGAAAUUCAUGAUAAAAAGGAAAGCAAAUUAUUUUCAUUAGCACAAAUUCAAUUUAUUUUAUUUCAAGGUGCGAGUAAUAAUUUGAAGCUCAAGUUGAAAAGUUUAUGAAUAUCGGCAAAAAGCAGUUAAUUUCACUUCACAUUUAAAAACUUUUACGUAGAGUUUCGUGUUAGAAUAAAAAGAUUGUCAACGUUAAACGUCAUAAUUGUAUUUAAAACUUCUUUUAAGACGCUGGCCCCAUCAGCUACAGGCUGGUUUUCAUGGGGGUGUCUACUACACUAUAUUAUACUAAAUUAACAAGACUACUGACUAUAUUACAUUAUAUAUUUACAAGAAGAAACUAUUACUAUUUACCAAUUACACUAUAUACAAAAGGAAAAAAAAAAGAAUAACAAACUAGAUCAAUAUAACAGCACACACUAUUGAUAACUGCCUAAAGACGUAUUUAAAUAGAUAAGUACUAGUUUUCGAUUUCGAUUAACCUCUUGAAAGUAUAAAUCGUAGGAGCACUCUUGGCAUCAUAAGACAGACUAUUCCAUAAGUUAGCUCCUCUAUAUUUAAAACUCCUUUUUAGAAAUUCUUUUUUAGGUUUUGGAAUUGAGAUGUCAGUAUCAUAUCCUCUCAAAUUAUAAACAUUAUGGUCACUCCGUGCAGAAAAUGUUUCGCGAAGGCACGGGGCUGUGCCAUUUCUAAGGAUGUUGUAUACCAUAACCGCCUUGUUGAAUUUAAAUCUGGUAUCGAGAUUUUUCCAAUUGAGCCAUUCAAGGAGUUCAGAGGAAUUGGUAUCAUAGUUUGCUCCCGUCAAAACCCUUGCUGCUGUAUUUUGGAAUCUUUGCAAUUUUUGUUUUAAUAACGCCCCACAAUUAUCCCAAAGGGGAGAGCAAUAAUCAAAAUAUGGUUGAAUUAAUGCUUUGUAGAUGGUGUGCAAGAUUUCAUUUGGGACAAAUGAUCUAGUACGUUUCAAUAUUCCAAUUCCUGCACUAACGUUUUUACAGAUUGAGUUAAUGUGAGUUUCCCAACUUAGGUGUUCGUCAAGUUCAACUCCCAAACACUUAAAUGACCGAAAACGAACCAAUGGUUUGUUAUUAAAAAUCACCAAUUUAUUGCCAAUUUUGUUCCGAAUAUUAUAUGGCGAGCCUAUAAACAUUAAUUUUGUUUUAGUAGCAUGGUGUUGCAAUUUGUUGUCCGACAACCAUUUGCUAAUAUUUUUCAAAUCAGAAUUCAAUAGAUCUACCAAUUCAUCAUAGUUAUGAGAUGAAGCAUAUAUCUGUGUGUCAUCGGCGUAUAAACCCGCCGUAGUAUAUUUUAAAUAUUUUGACAAAUCAUUGAUAUAUAAUAGGAACAUCAAAGGCCCAAGAAUUGAUCCUCGGGGCACUCCACUCUUUAUUGUUUUACGGGAAGAGAAAUGAUCAUUAACACAACAGACUUGCUCACGGUUUGUCAGAUAAGAACCAAACCAAUUUAACUCAUUAUCAUAAAUACCAAACUGAUUUUUCAUUUUAGACAUUAAAAUUUCAUGAUCAAUAGAGUCAAAUGCUUUUUUAAUGUCCAUUGAAAUAAGGGCAGUUAUUUUGCCAUCAUCCAUGCUUUCUAACCAUUUGUCACACAUUUGGAUAAGUAAAGAUAAAGUUGAGUGUUUGGGUCUAAAUCCAGAUUGAAAUUUUGAAAGAAGUGAGUUUUCAGAUAAAUAGUCAUAAAGUUGCUUAAAAAUUUCCUUCUCGAAAAUUUUACUAACAACAGGAAGAAUAGAAAUUGGACGAUAGUUCUCACAUUUACUUCUGUCAUCAGAUUUAUACAUUGGCUGUACACCUGCUAAUUUCCAAUCAGUAACAAAUAUGCCA